AUGCGCAGACCUGUGGCUUGGUCCCGCUGGUAUCCAUCUGACUCAUCAGAGGACGAGUACCAGUACCUGCCCCCAUUGCCACGGUGUUGGCUGGAAAAGGUUUCCUGUCAAUCUUCAGUGUGUGUGACUGAUGGGACCUCCACAGAAUGUCAGGAUUCAGUGUGGAGCGGCAGAGAUCAGUCCACACCACAGCGAAUGCUGGACAAACUCUCUGAACAGAGAUCCAGAGACACACAGGACUCACAGCUCACUUUACUCUGUUCUACUGACGGUAAUCAGGAUGAUCAAACCUCCACAGAGUGUCUGACUUCUGUCUGUAAUGCUGGAGAACAGCAGAUGCUGCAGACACCAGUGAAGAUUGAAGUGAAUCAGGAGGAGAUAAAAGAAGAGGAACAACAGAGUAAUGAAAAUGAUAAAUAUGAUGAUGACCAAACCUUCACAGAGUCUCUGGCUUCUGUCUGUAACGCUAGAGAACAGCAGAUGCCGCAGACACCAGUGAAGAUUGAAGUGAAUCAGGAGGAGAUAAAAGAAGAGGAACAACAGAGUAAUGAAAAUGAUAAAUAUGAUGAUGACCAAACCUCCACAGAGUCUCUGACUUCUGUCUGUAACGCUGAAGAACAGCAGAUGCUGCAGAUACCAGUGAAGAUUGAAGUGAAUCAGGAGGAGAUAAAAGAAGAGGAACAACAGAGUAAUGAAAAUGAUAAAUAUGAUGACCAAACCUUCACAGAGUCUCAUACUUCUGUCUGUAAUACUGGAGAACAGCAGAUGCUGCAGAUACCAGUGAAGAUGUGUUCAGUGAAGCUGCUGGACUGCAGGAACCUGAUGAAGAGGAGAGGAGAAACAAAAGUAGAGGAACAACAGAGUAAUGAAGAUGAUGAUGAUGAUGAUCAAACCUUCACAAUUUCUCUGACUUCUGUCUGUAACGCUGGAGAACAGCAGAUGCUGCCGAUACCAGUGAAGAUUGAAAUGAAGCAGGAGGAGAUAAAAGAACAAAUCACAGUAGAGGAACAACAGAGAGAUGAUGAAGAUUAUAUUUCAGAGCUGAUGGAAGUGAAUGAAGUGGAGGAGAAACUUCAGUGUCAGAAACAUCAUGAUUUCACAACUGGAUAAAAAUCUUUGAGUUGCUCAAAGACUAAGAAGAAUUUAUCACCAGAAAAGGAUAAAAGAAGAGCAGCCAAAAAUACUUUCACCUGUACAAAGUGUGGAAAGAUUUUCACGAAUAAAAGCCGGCUUAAUAAACAUAUGAAAGUUCAUAUUGGAGAUAAACCUUACACGUGCCAUCAGUGUGGAAAUAGUUUCUCAAAUAUAGUUUGUCUCAAAGGUCAUCUCUGUUGUCACUCUGGAGAGAGACCAUUUGAAUGUGAAAAGUGUGGUAAAACAUUUGCUUUGAAUUCAAGCCUGAGAAAACAUCUGAAAACUCACACAGAUGAGAAUACCGGUGUGGGGGUUCAUAUGUGCUUUGAAUGUGGGAAGACCUUUACUACAGCCAGCCUCUUGAGACAGCACUAAAUAGUUCAUGCUGGAGAAAAACCUUACAAGUGCUCACACUGUGAAAAGAGUUUCACUCAGUCACAACACCUGAAAAUACACGAGAGAAUUCAUGCUGGAGAAAAACCUCACAAGUGUUCACACUGUAAAAAGAGUUU